AUGCGUUCCACGAAUGAUGAUAGCAGCGUCUCGAGCGCAACGAAAGAGCAUGACCAUCCAGCGCAGGUCGACCUCACCAUCAAGCAAUCACAAGAGAAGACAGUCGCGAUACGGCUGAAAGAACACUUGACCAGCCAUAUCCGAGUAAAUAUUCUCGCCGAGACCGAACUCCUGAUCCUCACUUUCUGCACGGGAAUGCAAGAUGCAACAACCUUCCCAGAUUACCAUUGCUUUGCCUCGAACCAGACUGGAAACACGGUCAUGCUGGCAAUGGCUAUCCUCCUGCCGGACCUGACUGGAAAAUUGUUCAAGACGGAAAACAUUGGGGUGGGUCUGGGGUUCUUCCUGGCUGCAGGAUGGAUAACAGGGCAAGUGGGUCAUCACGUCGGCCCUCGCUCUCGUAUUUGGAUCGUAUUUUGCAAUUUGAUCCAGAGCAUACUCGUCUUCAUGGCGGCUGCCAUUCAAUACGCUUACGGCAUCGAGCUGGAAGGCACAAAAACAAUGGUGGUUAUCGGCUUGCUGGCUUUCGCGGCCGGGAGUCAGGUCGUCCUACCGAGAGCGUUGGCGACCACAGAAAUCAGCACAGCGAUGGCAACGGCUGCAUGGGUUGAUCUGUUAAUCGACCCUCGUCUCUUCGCGGCGAAGAAUCGCCCCCGAAACCGACGAGUAAGCUUUCUUACUGCCCUUGUGGCGGGGGCUUUCUUCGGCGCUGGAAUAUAUCGAGUCAUAGGUCCAGCAACCUCGGUCUUGUUUUCGGCUAUUGGUAAACUCAUCGUGACUCUCAUGUUCUUGUUCAAUAAGGCAGAGAAGGCACAGGAAUCCAGAAGUAUCGUAUGA